AUGGCAGCUUACAACAUGCUCCGUUCGGGACGAGACACAGUUCGACUAUCACGAGUGUCAAUGGAUGCCGUCUCACAAAUCAACGAUUACACCGGUAAAGGAAUAGAAUAUAUUGAACGAAUUGGGAGUUUAGCGAAAGACCGGGCAGUUAUCGAAAAUGAGUAUAGUUCAAAAAUGAGAGCCCUCAUCAAAAAACAUGGAAUUCGCCCCAAAGGUCAAGAAACCGAGUUGAUGAAUUCUGUAUCUUUCAUCAGAGGUUACUAUGAUUUUGUGGCAGGACUUCAGCCAAUUGCUGCUCAACAUGAGAUUAUUGCGGAAAAUUUGAAAACCAAUGUGAUUCCUUUUGCGAUGCAAAAAAUCGCCGAAUACAAGCAAGCCAAAAAACAACUGGAGGCUGAUAAUGCGAACCUACAGAAACAUAUGACCAACGUCAUCUCGGACAUGAACAAAUCUUUAAAAGAAUACAGCAAACAGUUCAAGGAAGCGGAAGCAGCAAUGCUGAAGUACGCAAAGGCGGAGAAAAAUAUGGAGAUUUCACGUCUGGAACUAGAGAAAACAAAAAAUAACUACCAAGUGAGACUGGGAUCGCUCGAGGAAUCCAAACAAUCUUAUGCGGUUAUGACGACAAAAGCAAAUGAAGAACAAGCAAUUCACUACGACAAGAAGCUUCCACAACUGUUGGAAAACUAUAGACGGCUUCAUACGAACAGAAUUCUCGACACCGUUGAGAUUCUCAAUAAAUGCGUAGAAGCCGAGUCGAGUGUGCAUCCUAUCAUUGGAAGCUGUCACAACGACAUGAGGAAAGAUAUUGAAAAAAUUGAUCCUGUCAAGGAUGGCAACUUGGUGGUGGAAAACUUAAAAUCGGGUCAUCCGCGACCGCUCCCAUUCAUUUUUGAAGACAUGGGUAAUCCAAAAACUUUCCUCGCCGGAAGUGGCGCUGGUUCAAUUGAAACCAUUGACUCAACUUUCAAAAAAGGAACGCUGAUGAGCAAGAAAGAAGGAAAAAUUAUUGCUCGCAAGCAGUCAAUGCAUCAAAAGUUCUUCGGUAGCGGAAGCAACGAUAAGAAAGACACUGGUGACUAUGGCACGCUUCCACCGCAGCAGAGAGCUCGGAAGCUCCAAGGAAAAAUUGGAGAUUUGGAAAAAGAAAAAGAGCGGGCAGUGCAGAGCCGCGAAGGGGUGAUCAAAAUGCAAAUGGCAUACAGGGAAAAUCCGAAGCUUGGUAAUCCGGUUGACUGUGACGCACAAAUCGCUCAGUACGGACGAGAAAUCGAUGCUCUGUGUGCGGAUAUCCAAAAGUACCGAAUUCAACUUGAUGAUGUGAACGCCCAACUCAAUGUUGGUGGAUUGACAGCCAACAGCAUUAAUGGAAGUGACACACCUCCAUCAAUUCGCUCCGUUUCUUCGGCCUCGUCUGGUGUGACAUCUAGAGUGAAUACGAUUAACGACAGCCACAGAAAUGGAGGAGGCGCUCGUCGUGGAAGCUUCUCGGGAAGUAAUGGAGGCAGUGAUGUAGACCCGUGUGUCACAAACGGGCACGGGAAAGACGAGCUAUACGAGGAAUGUGCUCCCCCGGUUCUUGGUGAAGCAAUUGCUCAGUUCGCUUUCGAUGGAUCUCAGGAUGGAACUAUCCGCAUGGACCCCAAUGAAAAGCUGUGGUUGAUUGAAAAAGACGAAGGAGAUGGAUGGACUAGAGUUCGAAAGGAAAACAACUCUGCUGAUGGCUUCGUUCCUAGCUCCUACUUGAAAACGACGUGGUACAAAUAG